AUGGAAAAGAAAUGGGAUUUUUUAAAGUAUAAUGGAUGUGCGCAAAUUGCAGGACCUGAUGAUUCGAUAACAGUUUUCCCGGUGACGUCAACCCUGGAAAUAAGCAAUGUAGCGAAAAGGCACGAAGGGUCGUAUCGUUGUGUGGCAACGAAUGAUGGCAAGAUGCGCACAAGCCGCGAUGCACAGCUUAAGAUAAGCCCCGAGAAUAGCGUAGGAAAUGAAUUUUCGGAGCCUUAUUUUGUACUGGAGCCGCGAGGCGAUGUGGUGAACGAGGGCGAAGUGGUUGUGCUGGAAUGCCUGGUCAAUGGAUGGCCAAGACCAGAUGUUCGUUGGCUGAAAGGUUCAGAGACAGUGUCAGCUGAUGGUGAUAGGGUGCGUAAAUUGGGUUUGUCUUCGUUGAUGAUCAUGAAAGUCAGAGCUGAGGACGCGGGUGUUUAUACGUGCCGAGCAAGUAACAAUCAGGAAUCACUGGAUGCUUCAGCUACGGUACAGGUGCGUAAAUUGGGUUUGUCUUCGUUGAUGAUCAUGAAAGUCAGAGCUGAGGAUGCAGGUGUUUAUACGUGCCGUGCAAGUAACAAUCAGGAAUCAUUGGAUGCUUCGGCCACGGUACAGGUAAAAGUUGCGCCAGAGAUCACAGCAAAGCCACAGAAUGUUGUAGCGCAAGAGACAACAGAUGUCGAGUUUGCCUGUAAAGCAUCCGGCGAGCCAGGUCCGGCUAUAAGUUGGUACAAAAAUGGCGAAGCAAUCAUUGCUAGCGAGUAUUUCGUGAUAGAAGCAAAUCGUUUGCGCGUUCUUGGACUAGUACGAAACGACCAGGGCGUUUAUCAGUGCAUCGCGGAAAAUGAUGCUGCCUCGGUGCAAGCGAAUGCCCAGCUGAUUGUCGAUAACGCCGCUAAACAAAUGCAUUUUUUGCAGUUUGCUUGUGAAGCAUCAGGCGAGCCAGGUCCGGCUAUAAGUUGGUACAAAAAUGGCGAAGCAAUCAUUGCGAGCGAAUAUUUCGUGCUUCUGCAACUUUACGCUCUAGAAUUGCACGGAACCAAUGAAACGGAAACUGUUCUGGAGGAAACACCUAAUAACAGCACUGCAAGUGUUGUUGGAAGCCGUUUCGUCACACUUAUAUGGGAUCCUCCUGUGCAGAGGCAUGGUGCUGUGCUGGCCUAUCAUAUUUUCUACAAGGAGCAAGAUUCUUCAAGGGAGCGAAUGCUGAAUUCAUCGACGACAUCUUUGACAGUAACACCGCUCCAGCCAAACACCACAUAUUUCUUCCGUUUGGUUGCAGAAAAUGAAGCCGGCAUGGGCAAAUCCACUGCGCACGUCCUCAUCACAACAACACAGGAAAAGCCAAACACCACGUAUUUCUUCCGUUUGGUUGCAGAAAAUGAAGCCGGCAUGGGCAAGUCCACUGCGCACGUCCUCAUCACAACAACUCAGGAAAAGGCAGUUCCUGGUAAAGUUAAAAAUUUGCAUGCCAGUGCACUGAGUCCCGAGACAAUUGAAGUAUCCUGGGAACCGCCAAGCGGUGUUGGCCCUGCGCCAGUGCAGUACAAAUUAUUUUAUAUCAGGAAAGACCAUGAGCCCGGUGAAAAGGAAACACAGAUCGUGAUGAAGAAAACAUCAUACACUCUGCAUGGCAUGGAUAAAUAUGUUGAAUACAGCAUCAGAGUUGAAGCGGAAGGUGUUAACGGUGCUGGUCUGAGCUCCGAACCAGUAACUGUGAGGACGUUGUCUGAUUUGCCUUCUGAAGCUCCAAGUGACGUGCGAGCUGAAGCAGUUUCAUCUACCUCUAUCUAUGUGCAGUGGACACCGCUACCGCCGGAGGAGAGCAACGGCAUUUUGACAGGAUACCGAAUAAAGUAUAAGACAAAGUUGCGUGGUGCCAAAGGCAAUACUUUGGUGGUUGAUGGUAAUGACAAUUCAUAUACAAUAACAGGUCUCGAGCCUGGCACUCAGUACAUGCUGCGUGUUUCUGCUGUUAACCAGAACGGAUCGGGUCCGAAUUCGGAAUGGGUGCAUGUGGAUACACGACUAGAAGACAAAGACGAAGGACAGAACGGAUCGGGUCCGAAUUCGGAAUGGGUGCAUGUGGAUACACGACUGGAAGACAAAGAUGAAGGGCAGGUUGCUGGACCGCCAUUAUCCCUCAAAGUUUUACCGUCUGUGGACUCGAUUCAGCUUUCGUGGUUGCCACCCCGAGAUGAUAGCGUUAUGGUCCGCGGCUAUCUGAUUGGAUGGGGAAUAAAUAUUCCGGAUGUGGAUCAGGUGAAAGUGCCGGCCAACCUCAGGUUUUAUACAAUAGCGAAUUUGAAACCUGGACGUGACUAUGUGAUUUCGUUACGAGCCUAUAACGUUAUGGGAAACGGUUUUCCGAUCUAUGAGACGAUACGCACACUGUCGCCGGAUACGAAGUCUGGAAUGUGGCAGCAAAAUAGCGAAGGUUCCGGGCCCAGUGAAACACCGGUCGGCGUCCGAGCCUUAACGCUUUCAUCUUCAUCGAUCAAAGUUACGUGGACAGAUGAUGACCUGGAAGUACCAUAUUCGAGGCAGUAUACCGUGCGAUAUAGUUCCAGUGCGGAGAACGGCGGACAGCAGCGUUACGUGAAUACCUCGGAAUCAGAAGUAGUUAUUGAGGGAUUACGGCCGAAUACACAAUACGAAUUUGCAGUGAAGGUCAACGCCGGAAAAUCUUCGUCGAUGUGGUCGAUGACGGCAGUGAAUUCGACUUCGCCAGCACCUCCGUCAAGUGCGCCACGUGAUCUUACCAUAAUGCAGUCAACCAAUGGAGAUCCACAAACACUGAUCCUGAACUGGCAACCUCCCAAAUAUGCUAAUGGAGAUAUCCAAGAAUAUUUGGUGUAUUAUUCGGACCGAUCGGAUGCGCCCGAAAAAGACUGGGUUUUGGAUGGGGUGAAAGGUGAUCACCUCUCGAUCAAGCUAACCAAUUUAUUGCCACGACAAACGUAUUUCUUUAAAGUGCAAGCUCGAAAUUCCAAGGGAUAUGGCCCAUUGUCGCCAACGCUGCAGUACGUUCCAGGCGCUCCUCCUCCAAAAUUAUUCCAGGCUAUCGAUGCGAAUGCGGAUCCUGCUCGGCCAGCAUUCCCCCUCACCCCAGUUUAUUUAGGGAUCAUGACCACUGUUGCUGUCUUGCUGCUGAUUUUACUAAUCUCGCUGAUCUGGUAUAUCAGAUCGAAGAACAGCAAGAAAGCGGCUGCUUCAGGGUAUAUGCGUGGAAGGAAGCAAGCAGGGAAUGGCAAGGGACCACCGGAUCUGUGGAUUAAUCACAUGAAUGGGCAGCAGUUGCGUGAGCCUGGUACCUUUUUUCGCUAUGCUUCCACGUGUCCUGAAUUUUCUGUAAUGGAACUCUCUCUCGCAGCUAUCAUCAGUCAUCAAUUAGCCUUGAAGGGCGGCAAAGGACACCUCAGGUGGUGUACACUACAGCUGGCAGGCAUCAGGUAUUUUCAUGUUUAUUCCCAUUCAGUUCUGUUACCUCUUUCUCAAGCAAGACAUAUACCUUCCGUUGGAGUUAAAAGGUAA